CUUACAUCUCUAGGAUUACCCCUGAAUCUUAGGAUUACCCCUGGUUUUGUAUGAGGCUUGCUAAGUAGAGCACCCCUUGUAUGUUUGGAAGGUUUAGGCGGGGUUAAAACGUAUUUAACAAACCACAGAUGAUUCGAUUCUAAGUAAGCCAAUCGAGAUAACUUAUAGUAAAAUCAUCAAAAAUACUUCGACUGAGCUGGACGAAAUAUUGCCUCAGUUUUCGGGCAAAACGUUACAAGUUCCUUGCUAGGUACUUAUAGCAGAGAGUCGAAAAACUACUACCACAAACACUCAUCAUUUGUUAAUGUCAUCAUAUCUAGCCUCAAGAAUGUGUAACUCUGGGUGGAAUGGGGCCUCACCUGUGUAAUAUGUAAGGUCAUAAACUGAGAGGAGCUAAAAUGCAGUCUUAUCAUCCACCAUGGCAACAUAAUAAAUCACAGGAGCUUAGCCAGCCCCAGCAAACCAACCUAGGGAUGACAAACAUGCCCCUAUCACUGCCUCCACCACAACAAGAUCUUGCAAGAUUCAGUACUCCCAGAUGGAGUGGUUCACAACAACAGGCCUGGAUGCAGUCUCCACCUGGGUAUCCUCCUCCGCCUCCAUUGCCUCUGUCUUUUCAACAAGGACCACCUCCUCCCCCCCAACAGCCUCAGCCACAAUUAGAUUUUUCUUAUAAUCAAGGAAAGUCUCCAUCACCUAGUUUUCCUGGAGAAUCAUGUCCUAGGCCACCUUGGCCACCAGGCCAUUCUGGGGGGAGGCCAUAUGCUGUUUCUCAAGGAUACUCACAACCUAUGAAUAAGAUAAACAAUCCUCAGUUGCAAAGUAAUUUACUGCCACCAGUUAGUCACACAAUCAUAAACCCAUACCAUUAUCAGGACAAAGGGUCUACUUCAUUUGAGAGACAGUAUGGAAUGUCAGAUAAUGAGAAUUUUUUUGAGACCAAUAGCAUGCAGAGUAGACCAGAAGAAAAUGCUGGUUUUCAACCUCAUUCUUUAGAGAAUGAUUGUAAAUCUGUAAGAGAUGCUGACAGGGAAUGGGUGAAGAGGUGGUUAUCAUCCAGAUGUCCCGUAAAAAGUGAACAAGGUUCAGAGAAGAAAGUAAUCAAUGGAAGCGUUUCAAUCCCUGAGUACCAAGACCUUGUGAAAUCAACCAUCCUUAUCUUUGAUCAGCUGAAGUCUCAGCAGCAAAAUCUGAGAGAACAUUUACAUGAUGUUAAUUUUGACUGGGAACAGAAUUAUGCUAAAUCUCUGGAAACAAAAUUGCAGCUGCAGAGAUUGAAGGAGACCCUGUUAAAUCCUAACUUAACAAAGGUUAUUGCAAAAAAGAUAAAAAGGGCAGAGAAAAGAAAGAUCAGGAGAGAGAAACAAAAGAGAAGUGAAAAGUUAUCCGAAGUAGAGGCGCUUAAGAGACGAGAGGAACUUCAUAAACAAAUUGAUGCCUGGCAAAAUGCUAUUUAUCAAAAAGAUCAGGAUAAGAAAAGGGCAAAAGAUCUUAAAUCAGCAGCAGAUUCUAUCUUAGGUGAGGUAAGAAAGAAGAACAUAGAGGCACUUAAGGCCAUUCAACUAGUUGAAGGUCUGCAGAAAUUGAGAACUCUCAGAAUGAAGAGAGCACACGAAAGAGGUCUUCAUCCUCCAAAGGAAUGCGAUCAAGUUUUUGAAGACACAACAAAGACUCUUUUAGAAAUGAUGAACAAACAAAAAGAGACGUAUGAAGCUGAACAGCGGACUUUAGAGGUAAUGUUGGAAACAGAACAAGAAGAAAACUUAGAAAAGGAGAGAGAAGAAGCACGUUUGAAAAAAGAAGUUCUUAAGCGAAAGAAGGAAAGAAAAAUAAAGGAAUGGCUCUUUGGAAAAGAAGUUCCUCUUCUUCCUGGCGAUCUUCUUUAUCCAUUUAGACAGUAUUAUGAUCAAGCAGAGAACAGUGUAGAAUCUUUACUUCAAAUAAGACAACAGUGGGACAACUUCCUUGUGUCACAAGAUACCCCAGGCAGCAGUCAUCUGCCAGUGGGCUGGGUGAUACCAAAUGAACCAAGUAGUGAAACAUGGGCUUCUGCAUUGAGUUAACACAGGAGUUGCAACUGAGAUGUUCAUAUGUUUCAUCUGUUCACUAACUGCAUGUGCAUUCCCAAUAUUUAGGGUUAAGCACUACAGACAGCUAAGGACCAAGUACACCAAGCACACUUAACUGUCACCUUGAUUCAUUGAUAAACCUAGUAAGUUUACCAAACAUCAGAUCAUGCUCUAAUCUGAUACACCCACCUUUUAUUUUUGAAGCUGCAUCCUUUCAUCAUUCAUUUGUAAAUCUGAUGUUUAUUAACCUAGCAAGGUGACAGAUGAGCAUAACACCAAGCAGGGAUGCUUGGAUAGAUGUUUGGUUAUCUGCCAUGAGAUAGUACUAUAUAAAUCUUGUUACCGGCAGUAAUAAUGUAUGGAGAUGGUGAGAGAACUGAAUGGUUUAUGAGCAAAGGACAUUUGGGUUUCCAGCGUGGCAUUGUAACCUUGGACUUAUUUAAUAGAGACUGAAGCAUAUACCCAAGAUGUGUUUUAAAGGUUACUUUUGAUCACUUUUAAAGCAGUAACAGACAUCCUGGAAAGGUAUGGUAGAUCGUCUGCGUAAAACUUUUUGUUGCAAUGUCAUGUAAUUUUUAAUUUCAACUUUACUGUGGGUUGUUUUCAAAUAAAGUAUGAUAAUUAUUAUUA